AUGUAUAGAUGUAUUCACUUCAAAUUUUUAAAUAUUAUUUCUUUAAAAAUUAAAUUAUUAAUUUUAAUCCUUUCCUUAAAAAUAUUGCUAAUCUCAGAAAUAGAAGCUUCAUUUAUUAGCAAAACAAGAACAAAGCGUUCACCGGAUUCAGAGAGUAUACAGAGAUGGAAGUUGGCCUUUAGUGGAGAUCUUUCCACCCCUUUCGCCUCCUCCACAAAAUUGCCCUCAAUAUUAACGUGCAAUUGGGCAUUACACGAAUUAUGCCUAAAACAUGUUUCUUGUAGAGAAUUGUGGGUACUUUUCAGGCGUAAUUGUGUUGUUGAUGCGCAAAACAAUUGCAGAAUGAGCAACAAAAAUGAUUGUUGGCAGUCUUACGAAGGAAUUAGUUGGACAGGACUCGGAGCAUGUACAUGCCCAGGAAAUAACUCAGACUGUCACUGGAUUAGACUCCAAACAACCUAUAAUAAAUGCAUAUGUAAGCAAAACAAUCGAAAAAUUCAUUUUGAAUUUUAGUUGAGUUAAAUAACGAUGCUUCAUGGCACGUUCAACUAAACAGUCUUGCUCAAUACUCUGCUAAUCGGAGAGGAUCAGGCCUUGCACCUAUAUUAACUAGUAACC